UAAACUGGACUAUUGUAUUUUUGUAAAUGAUGGGCUCUUCUGAGGUAGCCAGGAGCCAAGGAUACCUCACGCGCGCGCCUCGCGCCAAACCUGCCUCGCGCUCCAGCAGCGUGCCGCGCGCACACCGACCACCCCCUGAAGGCGCAGGCGCGGGCAUCCACGGCGAGUCGCAGGUCGGUCCUCGCGGCGCUGGGGACCACUCGCCUCGGGUUUGUGCUCGCGGAGGCAGAGUGCCCACCGAGCCCUGGGGCACCAAAGUGGAGAGCUGGAGCAGGCUGGACAGCGCGCGCCUGUGUGUGGAGUGCGCGUCCCGUGUGGAGACACUGCUGCAAGAGGCGCAGAGGCUGCUCAGCUCCGGACACUUUAACACCAGCGACCCAAAACUCUCAGUGCUUCUUUAUGAGAGUGUGCAGGUCCCUGCCUGGAGCAGCUUUGCAGGCCGCUGUGAUGUCUGCUCCACUCACCUGAGCCAGCUAAAGCGGGAGGCUAUCCGAAUGCUUCUAACCCAAAACCGGGCCAUCUGGCCCGCUCCUUCCCCUGCCAGCGUCUCACCCGGCCGCUCCACCUCGGGCGCUCACACUCUGCCCAGAGCCUGCAGCUCACAAUCUCCCAGACCCAGCCCCCGCCACAGACCCAGCAACCUGCGCACAGACAGCUGGGUCAGAGAACAGCAGCAUUUUGAGACCCUGUAUCCUCCGGCAUCUAUAGAAGAUGGGGACCCUUCUUUUGCUCAGACGUCUCAGGAUGCUUUGAAGAAUAACAAGGAGGAUGAAAAGGCUACAUCAUCUUCCACAGUUCUCUGCCACUUCAGCAGUCCGCUGCCUUUUAACGCUUCUAGAGUUACAACGCUGCUUCCUGCUGGAACCUCCGCCGCUGUAUCUUUCAUUGUCAGGGCCGUCCAGAAGUUGAACCUGACCGCAAGAAGGAGGAAGCAGAGCAAUUACUGUUCUCGCUAUCCAACCAACUUCAGCGGCCUCCUACAAAGGACUCCGCCUCCUGCACCUUCAAACCUUUUACAAACAGCCUGCAAGGGGAGGGACAUUUCAGAGACGGGAAAGGUCAAAGUGAUGCUGCGAGUCAGCCCACUCCUGAUGACAGGAGCAUCUCAGUCACCUGCCAUCAAGCUGGACCUACGCAAGAAACAGGUCACAGUGCUGGAGCCUGCCACCCAAUCCACACAGAGACCGUCUGCGGGUGCAACUUUUACCCCAAAGACGUUCACCUUUGAUGCUGCUUUUGGCCCUGAUUCAUCCCAGGCUGAAGUAUGUGAGAGGAGUCUAUUUGAGGUUCUCCAGUCUGUGGUUGCUGGAUCUGAUGGCUGCAUCCUGAGCUUUGGACAAACUAAAGUGGGAACAUCUUACACUAUGAUUGGGCGAGACGACUGUUCAGCAAAUCUUGGAAUAAUCCCUUGUGCCAUCUCUUGGCUUUUCAAGCUCAUUACCAAAAAGAAGGACAGGACGUGGGCAAAUAUCUCUGUUUGUGUGUCAGCCGUUGAGGUGUGUGGGGAGACUGAGGUCAUCAGGGACUUACUGGCAGAUGUUGAGUCAGGUGAUUGCAAGGAUACCAAGCCAAACAUUUACCUCCGGGAAGACCCUGUCUGCGGCAUACAGGUUUGCAACAACAACGUUCUGAGUGCUCCUACAGCCGAGAGAGCAGCUUUUCUGCUGGAUGCAGCCCUGGCCUCUCGGGGCUCGGGCGGGGCUGGGGGUGGAAGCACACCAGAGCAUCAUUGCCACAUGUUCUAUACCCUUCAUGUUUGCCAGCAACACAUAGAGGGUAGCACCAAAACUGGGAUGAGCGUGGACCAAAGCAAGUUGAGCCUAAUUGACUUAGGUUGCUGUACGACAGGGAGGAACAAGAAUAAUGCAGCAGUCUGCCUUGUUGACCUCGGAAAUGUCAUUAUGACCAAGCUGAAUGGGCGUAAACAUGUACCUAAAAAGGGAAGUAAAUUGGCCAUGCUCAUGCAAGAGUCUCUAAACAAUGUCAACUGCCACACUACAAUCGUAGCCCAUGUUUCCACCUUACCUGAAGACCUCUCAGAGACUCUCUGCACCAUCCAGAUAGUGUCUCAGAUUAGAAGAUUACAAAGGAGGUCAAGGAAAUCUUCCUCUAACUCACCUGGAGGGAGAAGCUCUGGAAUAGAAAAGAAAGCAAAUGACUCCAGCAGGCUCAGAGCAUUUCACUCUGCAAGCACAUUAGAUCGGGAUUUUUCUUUGCCUAGUCUUUUUGAUGAAUCAGAAGACCACUCUAAGAGUGAGAAGUCAUGUGACUCUGUCAUUUGUGUGGAUCCAAGUGGUUUUGUGCGCCUUCAUGAAGAACACAGAGGGAAUCAAGAGUUUGUGCCAAUAAUUCCAUCUUUACAAAGGAGUAAGACUGACUUUAAAGGGUACUCCCUCCUAAAGCACUGUGAUUUCUUGAAGCCAAUUUCUCAAUGUACACUGAAAAAAGAGACACAAAAUCAGGACAUUCACCAAAAGCCAUUACCUGAUUUGGAGUGUCUCAAAUGCAACACCUUUGCUGAGCUUCAGGAUCGACUGGGAUGUAUAGAUGGAAGUGAUUUGGUUGUUCUCAAUUCCUGCAAGGAGCAGCCUACAAAGAAUGUCACCAAAUCCGAACCUUUAUUAAGAAAAGUUAUUAAAGUCCCUAUUGGAGAAUCAGAGGUGCACAGAUCUCCAGUUAAAAAAGACUUUAGUGAGAGGGGAAUACGACACCUUCUUAAAAAGGAUACACUUGUCAAGGACACUGAGGAAACCCUUCAUAGGUUUUCUGGUCAAGCCAAAAACAACCCUGAAAACAACCCCUGUUUUUCACCAAGACUUGAUGCUCUUAGUAACUCUGUACAGUGUGAACAAGCAACUGGAUGCCAAAGCCUCAUUGAAACAAUGGACACAAGUCUUUCUCUACCUUUUCCAGUGGAGGAAAUACCAUCAGAAGAUUCCACUCUGCCCUCUGAGAUUCGAAUCUCUCCUGUGGGUAAAAGUUCAUCCUCUUCUUUCUCUGCUGGACUGGCGUCACCUGUUUCACUUCCUAUCACCUUAAGUGAGAGUAAUCCACAGUUUCCCAUGGAGACCCAAAGCGAGAUGAAGGCCACGAUCACUGUGACAGUUCAGCAGCCACUGGAUGUGAAUGGACACGAUGAGCUUAUUUAUUCUGUGAUUGAGGAAGUCACAAUCAAUGGGGCAGAUAAUAAAAACAAGGCUGCAAAAAUAGUGAGCAUCACUGACCCCCAUUGUCUGGAGGGGGUGCCACCAGGGAUGCAGACUGUGAGGAUCAUAGGCAGUGUAGGAAAGGAACAACCUUCAAUUGGCUCUUUAUCUGAAGUUCAAGCUUUAGACCAGGUCUGUAAAUCAUCUGGAGGCAAAACCAUACCUCUUGUUCAAAACUUUGUGGACAGCUCACAGGUUAAUGACUCUUCUCAGCUUGUUACUAUUCCAGAAGAUUUCCAAAAUAUCAUAAAAGAUGUCUCUGAAGAUGCUUUAUGCCUUACUUUGAAAUAUGAAGUCUCAGAGAUCAAGGAGUACUCAUCUGAGAUUGGACCAGAGCAGAAAACUACUGAAAAGAGAAUGUGUGAUCAAAGCAAUGUGCAGCUUUCAAGAGAGAUUGGUGGUAACAUUUCUACAGUCAAACCAAGACUUUCAGCUGACUGUAAAAUGAAAAUGCCAGAAAAUCCAGUAAGUAGUAAUUCAUCCAUUGGAAAGACCAAUCCUGCAGGAGAAUGGCAGAGCUUACACAAACAGUAUGACUCCCAGGACUCCCUUCAUCCCUGUGUGAAUUCACACAGCUCGAGAGCAACACUAGAAAGGGAGGAAUGUUCUGUCAACCUGUGUCACACAGAAUGGACGGAGGAUAGUGAAUCAGUGUCUUCGGGUCAGGAAUCAGAUAGAGACAAGUCCACAAAGAGAAUGGAAAGACAUCCACAGCCCAGCUCAGCCCAGUGUCUUAUGUUAGACAGUAUGCUUAACAAGAUCAACCCUAUUGAAGAGAGCAGUAAGCUGUUUAGUGCCAAAUUGGAGCAGUUAGCGAACAGAAACCAGUCUCUUAGUAAAUCACAUUUAGAGUGCUUUGAUUUACAGCUCAUUGAGGAAAGCAACUCUGUGUUCACUCAGGGAUCUUCAUCAAGGGUGGGGAGUUGUUGUACCUCACCAAGAAUCAAGAAGAGACAUAUUGAGCAGGGUCAUUUUAUGACUUUUGGCUCCAAGGCCAGUCUGGAUGGAGACUAUGCAUUAGCUCAGGCCAAAUGUAUGACUCCACCUGGAGUAAGAGAAUUUUUUAAUGAGGACCUCAGUGUGUCUCGGGCAGGUCGCAGUUUCAGAAGAGUUCCGAGAUUUUUCCCCAUGUACGAUGCUGUCGCAGACGACACAACCCAACUGCCCAAAGGGAGUGAAUCAAAGAUGUCAGCUGGAAGCAAACUGUUGUCCAGUUCAAAGGUCAGCAAGUUGUCUGGGGCUAACCCUAAGAAUCUAUGUCCAUCCCCCAAAUCUAGUAGACACUCAAUUAGUAGGAGCUCGAGUCUGUCUCCUGAUGGCUUACCUAUAAAACACAUCUCCUGGUCCUCUCAGUCUUUAUCUCGAAAGCAAGGGAAAGCCUCUAUCUCAUCUAAGCCUCUCAGCAGAGCGCUGAAUGGACGGAUUGAGCUUCUUCGGGCAAGUGGAGACUCUCUUUCGAGCUCUAGCCAAGGUAGCUUGGAUAUGGAUGAACCUGAACAAUCAAAUGGAAGACUGAAGUCGCUGAAUAGCCCUUUACCAUCCCCGUACAGUAGAAUCACUGCCCCACGUAAACCUAACCACUGCAGCGGGCAUGCAAGUGACAACACCAGUGUCCUGAGCGGAGAACUCCCCCCUGCCAUGUGCAAAACUGCCUUGCUGUACAACCGCAACAGUAUGGUCAGUAGUGGCUAUGAGAGCAUGGUAAGAGACAGUGAAGCCACAUGCAGUAGCACUUCAAUACAUGACUCUAUUAGUGACCAGAGCUGCUUCUUCAAUGCAGCAAGUGGUGCCAGAAUCUCUAAGAAAAGUAAAAGUAUAGGACUCCAACAAAGACGUCCAUCACAGGACACCCUCCUGACUUUAAGGAGGUCUGCAAGUGGGUCUGCAAAAAUACGUUGGGUAGAUCGGGGCACCCCAGAUUCGUAUGAGAUUAAAGUCUAUGAGAUUGAUAACGUGGAUGGCUUGCAGAAGAGAGGAAAAGCCGGAAACAAGAGUGUGGUCUGCUUCAGUGCCAAGCUGAAAUUCCUGGAACAUCGUCAACAGAGGAUUGCAGAGGUGAGGGCCAAGUACAGUGCCCUAAAGAGAGAGCUGGAACUAGCCAAACAACAUCUCAUGGUGGACCCAGGGAGGUGGACCCGUGAGUUUGACCUCUGGCAGACCUUCGAAGUAGACUCUCUGGAACACUUGGAGGCACUGCAGUUGGUCACAGAGCGGCUUGAGAGCCAAGUCAGCCGCUGCAAAGCAUGCGUCAUGAUGGUUACCUGUUUCGAUGCUACACCAAAGCGCAGACAGAAGAAGCGCUACAGGCCACCUGUAGAAUAUAAAAUGUUUAUGGGAAUAUAGCAUGUUUAAAUGAAAAUUCAUCCUGAAUUAAAUUCAUCCUUUUUAAUAAUGUACAGAACUGUUAUUUAUACAACAUUAUAUCAUGCAUUCCUCUGAAAUGCCACCAAUGUCCUUAUGUUGAACUCAUUGGUGCUAAUCAAAUCAGAUUUGAACAACAAAUCGUUGUUUUGGCAACGGCAUAGCCUUGGAUGCGGGUCAAAGCAACAUAUUGGAGUGCAGAGCUACAAAUGAACUUGACAGAUGGAAGUCCUGAGUCAAGCUGACCGAUAAAAUGAGUUUACAAAUGCCUCAGCUCCUGAGCUGCCUGCACAGCCAUGCAACAUUGUUAACAUUGAAUUACUGUGCCUGCGACACAUCUUUAUCUGCUACAGGAUCUGUGGCCAGCAAUUGCCGGUCAACAGAUGUAUCUAUAUCAAGGUUUUUUAAUGGAGAUUCGCUUUUUCGAAAAAAAGGUUUUAUGCAAUGUGACACUAAUGUGAAUCUUUUUUAAACCAAUUAAUAAAUGUUUGGUCUUGAAAUUGGACGUUAAAUGUGAAGUAUACAGUAUGCAGUGUACAAUUUACCCUAGUGAUUUCAUGUUCAGUCUUACCCACUAAUAAAUCACUUAUUAUGUA